AUGAGGCCACAGACGGUGUCGCUCAGUCGAGCGCCAUACAGCAACCUUUUGACUGGCCGAAUUCCAGCCGGAGCACGCGGGUUCACCGCAACGGCCCUUCCAUUGCGCGCGAACACAAAUCGGCCCACAUUGUCCAAGGCCUGCACAUGCUUCCAGCAGCAGAGAUGGAUUACACAAAAAUAUGUUCAGCGCAUGAAGGAUGGUGAGCAGGAGUGGGCUGGCUUUGCGAAGGAGAUCAAGGCAGGGAACAGGUUGAACUUUGCGCAACACUUGGAGGAACGAGGGCUGAUUCAUGAUGUUGUUGGUGAACGUGAUCUGUUGCACGAGAUUCUUACGGAAAAACGGGCUGGUAUAUACGUGGGCAUUGAUCCGACUGCUCCCUCAAUGCAUGUCGGACAUAUGCUUCCCUUCAUGGUACUCGCAUGGGGUUAUGUUUGGGGUCUACCGGUUACAUUCUUGCUUGGCGGUGCUACAUCUCGAGUCGGUGAUCCUAGCGGUCGAUUGAAGGGCCGCGACGCAGUUCACUCUUCGAUCCGGAAAGCGAACAUGGCCAGCAUGCAUAUGCAAUUGAAGAAGUUGGGCGUGAGCAUUGAGCAGUACGGUCGGAGACACGGACACCAGCGACACCCCAUGUGGAAGCGGGCGUUGACCAACAAUAAUACCUGGUGGAACUCAACGCCGUUCCUGGAGGUGCUACGAGAUCUCGGUGCUUACAUGCGCCUGGGUCCUAUGCUUGGGAGAGAUACUGUUAAGACACGAUUGGAAGGGGAUGGUAUGUCCUUUGCCGAGUUCUCAUACCCGCUUCUCCAGGCGUGGGAUUGGUGGACUAUGUUCCAGAAGGGAACUCAAAUUCAGGUUGGAGGUGCCGACCAGUAUGGAAACAUUCUGUUCGGCAUGGAAGCUGUAAAGUCUAUCAGUCGGAAUACUGCGGACGAACAACUUCGCCGUCCACUAGAUGAUAAGAUUGACCACCCCAUUGGAUUCACCACGCCACUUCUCACAGCACCAAAUGGCGAGAAGUUCGGAAAAUCAGCUGGAAAUGCCAUUUGGCUCGACAAAGACCUGACAUCCACAUUUGAACUAUACCAAUUCUUCGUGCGCACACCCGACGAUGUAGUCGAGCGUUACCUCAAGCUGUUCACUUUCAUCCCCCUGCCUGAAAUCGCUACCCUGAUGGAAGAGCAGAACAAGGAUCCCUCGAAGCGCGUUGCGCAGCAUGCGCUUGCAUCUGAAUUCGUCGAACUGGUGCACGGCAAACAGGAAGCCGAUGCCGUCGCUCUUCAACACCGUCAGCUCUUCCGUCCUCGGGCUUCAACCGCAGCCCCUACUCCUCUCUCCAAAACCUCUGUCCCCCCUGCCAGCCAUGCGCGAUCCAUUACCGCUGGCUUCGAAACCCCUCAAUCAGGGAACCCCUAUGCUCCCCAAACCAAUUUCGCCAACAUGGGUGAUAUGAAAGUGACUCUCCCAGAGUCUCUUGUUUUCAACCAGCCCUUCAACAAGGUCCUCUGGUCCGCUGGCCUUGUUUCCUCCAAGGGAGAGGGCCACCGCGUCAUUGUGAACAAUGGCGCAAAGGUCGGCAGUCGUCCCGGUGACAGCGGCCCGAUGACAGACCAGCUGUCUUUCACCCCCAUCCGUAUUUGGGCUGCCGAGAAAACCAAGGAGUUUGUGUUGAACGGCAAUCUCCUCAUUCUCAAGCUGGGUAAAUGGAAGUUCAAGUCUGUCCACAUUGUGAGCGACGAGGAAUUCCGCACGCAAGGGCUCACUGCUCCUGGAUGGGAAGAGUUGAACGCGCCGGCCGAGGAGAGCGAGACGACAGAGAGCGAGCCAACGGAGUCCACGGAGCCAACGGAGCCCAAGGCAUAA